GGAAAUAACGCUCUGCCUACUUUAUUAUUUGUGCGCUACAACAAAAAGCACUCUGGCGUGCGUUCGCCUCAACUAAUUGUUGCUUUUCCAGACGAGCAUCCCUCCCUGCAGGCUCACAUCUCUGCAGCAUCCUUGCAGAGUAGCCUCUGCUGCCGAUUCCAUUUUUCCCCGGCUGCAUUUUCGAGGUGCCAUCGACAGAACCGGAGACUGGGCUCACGUUAUCUGGGCUCCCGCACAGCCGCACGGACCGGCAGCGACCGGUCUCAUUCAUCGAUGUGCAUGGGAGUAAAUUAUUAGUGAGAGAGGGGAGGAAAAAGUUCAUUUCUCCAGCCGCGCACGAGCAUCUCGUGCAUGGAUUUAGGUUGAUGCGAAUUAUUAAAAAAGGCGUCAGGGAGCCAGAGGAGAGGCUGGUGUGCAGAUGAGGAUUACGAAGUCGUGCUCGUCAGACGCGGCGCUGUUCACCUGGAAUACCUGAAGCUCUCCAAUGACACGCAGCUGCAUCAACUUAUCAACACUGUUGCAUGUCUUUACGGCUGACAUGUCGGCCCCUGUGGCCUAGCCCGUAGGUGCAUGUUGUCUAUCAGAUCGGGUGUUGAUUUGAAGCCCUGAGUGCCAGAUACUUAGACUCACGCGCCGCUGUCCCCUCCAGAGGAUGCUGCCUGAAGCGCAAUGAUGCCCGGGACCCGGAGGAUUUUCUGAUCAGGAUGACAUUUGGUUAAAAAACACUCGUGGACACUCUGAAUCUACUCUCUCGUUUUUCUUUUUUUUAUUGCGCCAAGAAGCUGCACCAAGAUCCGACCUCUGCCGAACUCAGACUCUCGGUUUUCAGACUCGGUUCGGGGAGAUGGCCGCGAUCGCCAGCUCCCUGAUCCGGCAGAAACGCCAGGCGAGGGAGUCAAACAGCGACCGGGUCUCGACUUCGAAACGUCGCCCCAGCCCCAGCAAAGACCCCCGCUCUCUCUGCGAGAGGCAUUUCUUGGGGGUCUUCAGCAAAGUCCGUUUCUGCAGCGGCAAGAAAAGACCCGUUCGGCGGCGACCAGAUGCACCCUCGAAACCUCCACAGGUGUCCCAUAAGGGCUGCAGGCUAGAGCCGCAGCUGAAAGGCAUCGUGACACGACUGUUCAGCCAGCAGGGCUUCUACCUGCAGAUGCAGCCGGAUGGAACCAUCGACGGCAGCAAGGACGAGAACAGCGACAACACCCUGUUUAAUCUUAUUCCUGUGGGUCUGAGAGUGGUGGCCAUCCAGGGAGUGAAGAGUGGCUUUUACAUCGCCAUGAAUGGCGAGGGCAUGCUCUACAGCUCGGAGAUGUUCACACCAGAGUGCAAGUUCAAGGAGUCUGUUUUUGAGAACUACUAUGUGAUCUACUCGUCCACUGUGUACCGGCAACAGGAGUCGGGUCGGGCCUGGUUCCUCGGACUCACCAAGGAGGGACAAGUCAUGAAGGGCAACCGGGUCAAGAAGACUAAGCCCUCGUCGCACUUUGUGCCCAGGCCCAUUGAAGUUUGUAUGUACAGGGAGCCGUCAAUGCAUGAGAUAGAGGACAAGCACCGCUCCAGGAAGAGCUCAGGGACUCCCACCAUGAACGGAGGGAAAGCUGUUAAUCAGGACUCCACAUAGCAGCGGGGGAGGGGUUUCCAGCAAGGGGGAGUGGCCUCAACCUGACUCAGGGGGAGGGGCCAUAGGAAAACUCACCUCUCCCCCACCCCUCAAAAUACGCACCACCAUCCCCUCUGAAAAAAACGAGGGCCUUGCGACGACGAGGAGAUAUUACUGUACACCCAAGACAACAAAAACAAAACUGAACUCUUGCCUGUGAAAACCUUUUAGAUGAAUUAAUAUGAAAACAGAGGAUAUAUAUAUAUGAAGAAAAAAAAACAUUUUCAAUCAGGACUUGACCAACAUUUUAUGCAAAAAAAAGAGAAAAAGCUGUGAUAAACAAACAAAGGAAUGGUGGUCUCUCUUCACACAAAUACAAAUAUCUAUCAUUUCCAAUUUAUGCUGUGAAAAACAAGCUUUAAUACAUGUUCGAUUUUCAUACGUUGGUUUCUUUUCUAAAUGCUACUGCAUCCUCAUAUGCUUUGUUGUGUUAUUGUUGUCAGUAAUAACUAUAACAUCAUCAUCAUUACUAAUCUGUUGUAUCUUAUCAUCCCAGUUACUAUCAUGAAGUUAUUCUGGCUUUUGGUUUUUGAGACUAAAGGAAGUUGGGUUUUUUUAAUUACUUCUGUUUUUUCUCUCUCAUAGUUUGAUCUUGAAUGCACUGUCACACUACCUGCUCCGGUGUGAGGGUAAGACUGAAUGUAUCUGAUAGCUCUCUGUGUUGGACUCCAAUAGAAACAGAGUGCUUAGGGUGGGAUGUAUUUUACUCAGGUGUGUACUGUAAGUGUGACUAACUGCAAUGACGGGACAAGACUGAUUCAAGCAAUAUAAUAGAGAGCAGUCUAGUAUGUCUCUAAAUAAUAGUAAUAACAAACUGGCAGCACAUCCCUGUGGUCGGUGUGUCUGUCGGUAGAGAAGACUGACAAAGAAAGUUGCGCAAGUAUGUGAAAAGUCUGAGUCAAAGGAAAACUGUUUUGAUAUCGCUUCAAUAUACUCUUUAACAUUCGCGAGGAUUGUUAGGUUUUAAGUAAAGAGAUGUCCAAACUUGUCAAAAAUGGCAACGAAUAAAACUCUCUCCAAAAGCCAAGGGGACGAUAACGACCAGCAUCAGCACUAUGAGCCAUGGCCAAAAAACGGUCACUUCACAUUUUGCACCUCAAGAAACACAGACCCCUCUCUCUGCUGUUCGCUAGGCUAAAAAUAUAACCAUAUAACAGUAUUCAUGCCUUUGAACUAUACGGACAAAAGGCUGUUUUUUCUAAGCAAGACGAAUAAUAAAAAUUGUUUUGACAGGCCCGGCAGCGAGGACACGUGUUGACGAGUUUUCAAGACUAUUUCUGUUACUUUUAUUGUGAAAGCAUUAGAGAUUUCUCAACACUGGUGGACAGGGUGCCUGACUGUUUAAUAAUCCACUGACCUGUAUUGUUAGUGUUUUCAAUAUGAGGUCACAAUCAUUAAAACUUCCCCGUCACAAUGGAAGCAGAAUGUCUCAUGGAGGAACCAGUUCGUCUGGAUAUAGCCAGGUUCGGGGGAGGAUGUCUCAUCAUCCCGGUGAGAGUAUCUCCCGGUGUGUUUUCAUGGUAACCCAUACAGCCUCCACCCCUCCUGGUUUUGUGACCCAUGAAAUGAGCCAUUUGCUGCAUUGUGGAGGAAAGCUUCUCUUUCAUAAAUCAACAUGCUGACAGGGCUGUAUAAACAAGGUGAAUUGACUGGUACACCGCGUACCCCGUGUGCGCUGCAUAGCUCAUUCCUAAUCCCCAAUUAGUUUGUCUAACUCAGGAAGUCCUACAAUUGUUCUGUGAAUGGGGCCAGACAUAAAAAGGCUGGCCGCUUGUUGCCCAGCACCCGUUGCACAAAGCCUGGCCACCGGUGUGGUGUUAAAGGAGGUCGGGACGGGGUCGAUGGUAUUUUUUUCAUUAAAAGGUGGUGUACAGCUAAGCCUAGGAAGGUAGAACAAGGGAUUACAAGAGCCGGGACAAAGCAUGACUAUCGCAUGACUGUAACCGUUGAUGUAAGCUUGGUUCGACUUUGAGUCGAGAGCGAAUAAAAGAUUGUUUUGGGGAGAAUAGGUCCAAAACUUUUUUAUGCAACGUUUUGAUCAGUAUUUUAGCGAGAGUUUAUCUCCUACAUCUGAUAUGCUACGUUGGUGGUAUGUACAGUAAAUAGCACACAUUCAGUUGCACAGAGCAAACCUGCAGUGAUAUAUAUUAUCGUGGAUCCGGCGUUCUACCUGGGGCCCGGGUCCACAGCUGGUGCAAGUUACCUGCGAGAGCUAACGGUAGAUUAGUUCAACUUCCACAGCACUUACAGCAUAACACUGAUACAUACAGUAUAUUAGACGUGACACUGAAAGUCAACAGGCAAGACCAGCAUAUAGAAGUAUCUUUUUAUAGAGGUUUAUAUUGGUGCAAAUGAGAUACAUGUGGACUUAAAGCAAUGCAUGAAAUUGGAUGUACUCGAUGUCAACUGUUGACAGCAGAAAGAGAGGAUUUGAGGAAGGGAUGAAUACAGCAAGGAGGUAAAAAUAGCUGAUGUGAACGCGGUAAAGGAGAGCACUUUUCGGGGGGGUUUACUGAUGUAUGAAAGGGUGAGUAAAGGCUUCGGUUGUAUGUGAUACUAAGUAUGAUUUAUUAUUUUUAUGUUUGCAGAUGAUUUCACUGCAUUGGAACACGCUCAUAUAUGCAUUAUGAAUUGUGAGAUGAAAUAAAAAAAAUAUGCAUUGAUAAUAAAAAAAAAUCAGAAUGAAGUUAGUGAUUGUUUAAGAAUAAAGA